AUGCCCUUGGUCACUUUCACAGGACCGCCGUGCAGCGGCAAAACACGCUGGGCCAGGCAGCUCAUCGAGCAGCUCGAGCAGCGGAUCGAGACGGCAAGAGAAUCUUUGGCCCCGGGCCACAACUACAAAAUCGUCUAUCACAGCGACGAGACGCUUGGCAUCGACCACCUGACAUACCGGGAGUCUGCCACUGAAAAGCACGCCCGCGGCACGCAGCUCUCGGCCGUGAAGAGGGACCUUUCCCGCUCCACCUUCGUCAUUUUGGACUCGCUUUCGUACAUCAAAGGCUUCCGCUACCAGUUGUUUUGCGAGGCCAAAGGCGUGGUGACGCCACACUGCGUGAUACAGGUCAUGACCCCGAUGGACAAAUGCCUUGAGUGGAACGAAGAGCGCAGUACUGGCGACAGCUGGGAUGCAGAUGUCAUGAGGCAACUUGCCAUGCGGUACGAGGAGCCCAACGCCGACUCGCGCUGGGACUCGCCGCUCUUCACCCUCGUUAGCGACUAUGAGGGCGAGCUGCUCCCCAUGGACCAGAUCUGGGAGGCGCUAGUUUUGAAGAGACCGCCGCCGCCCAACGCCGCCACGCUAGUCAAGCCCACUUCUGGCAACGACUACUUGCAGGAGUUGGACCGGCGGACGCUGGAGGUCAUCUCCAAGGUUGUGCAGCACCAGCAGUUGACGUCUACGGGCGGCCGAGUGGUGGUGGAUUUCGCGGAAGGGUUGUAUGUUGAGAUUCCGGGAGACGUGGUGAGUAUAGCGCAGUUGCAGAGAAUCCGGCGCACGUUUGUGAGCUUGAACCGGAUGAGAAGCAUUGACGUGGGGCGCAUAGCGAGCAUGUUCGUGGAGUACGUGAACAAGAGCUUGAACGAGUGA